AUGGCGUCGUCCUCACUCAGGAGCGUCAACCCCAACGCGGAGAUCAUGGGGAAGCAGGCGGCCCUCUUCAUGAACAUCAACGCCGCGAAGGGGCUGCAGGACGUGAUGAAGUCCAACCUCGGGCCCAAGGGAACGAUCAAGAUGCUCGUCGGCGGAGCGGGAGACCUCAAGCUCACCAAGGACGGUAACGUGCUGCUGAAGGAGAUGCAGAUCCAGAACCCCACGGCGGUGAUGAUCGCGCGCACGGCUGUCGCCCAGGACGACAUCACCGGCGACGGCACCUCCUCCACCGUGCUCAUCAUCGGCGAGCUGCUCAAGCAGGCGGAGCGGUACCUCAACGAGGGCCUCCACCCGAGGGUGAUCGUCGAGGGGUUCGAGGCUGCCAAGAAGGCCUCCAUCAAGUUCCUCGACGAGUGGAAGCAGCCCACCGGUGGCGCGGAGGCUCCCGACCGCGAGCUGCUCGUCUGCGUGGCGAAGACUGCGCUUCGCACGAAGCUCCGCGAGGAACUCGCCGAUCAGCUCACGUCCAUCGUGGUGGACGCGAUCCUGACCAUCGCGAAACCGGACGAGCCCAUCGAUCUUCACAUGGUGGAGAUCAUGCACAUGAGGCACAAGCUGGACUCGGACACCAAGCUGGUGCAGGGUCUGGUGAUGGACCACGGCAGCAGGCACCCGGACAUGCCCAAGCACGUGGAGGACGCCUUCAUCUUGACGUGCAACAUCUCGCUCGAGUACGAAAAGUCCGAGGUCAACUCCAGCUUCAUGUACAGCAACGCGGAGCAGCGCGAGCGUAUGGUCGCCGCGGAGCGCGCGUACACCGACGAGGUGGUGCAGCGGGUGAUUGAUCUCAAGAAGAAGGUUUGCGACGGCACCGACAAGGGAUUCGUGGUGAUAACCCAGAAGGGCAUCGAUCCCAUCUCGCUGGACAUGCUCGCGAAGGAGGGGAUCGUCGGCCUCCGUCGCGCCAAGAAGAGGAAUAUGGAGCGCCUGGUGCUGUCGUGCGGCGGCGUGUGCAUCAACUCCCCCGAGGAUCUCAAACCGGAGAUUCUCGGCCACGCGGGUGAGGUGUACGAACACGUGCUCGGCGAGGAGAAGUACACCUUUGUCGAGAAGGUGGCCAACCCCCAGAGCUGCACCAUCCUGCUCAAGGGACCCAACGAUCACACCAUCGCGCAGCUCAAGGAUGCAGUCAGAGACGGCCUUCGCAGCGUCAAGAACGUCCUCGCCGACAAGGCUGUCGUCCCCGGAGCCGGCGCGUUUGAGGCGGCUCUCAACGUCCAUCUCCUGGAGGAGGUUAAGAAGACGGUGGAGGGGAGGGCAAAGCGCGGCGUGGAGGCGUUCGCCGAGGCCGUCAUGGUCGUGCCCAAGACCCUCGCCGAGAACAGCGGGUACGACGCCCAGGACGUGUGCAUCGCGUUGCAGGACGAGGUGGCGAAGGGCAACCGCGUGGGCUUGGACAUCACCACCGGCGACCCGUUUGAUCCCACCACGGCGGGUGUGUACGAUAACUUCAUCGUGAAGGCGCAGAUCCUGCACUCCGCGCCCGUCAUCGCCACGCAGCUCCUGCUCGUGGACGAGGUGAUGCGCGCGGGUGUUAACAUGCGCAAGCGCUAAUCGCGAUAUUCUUCCUAGCCGGGGCUUCAACGUGGGAGAUGGGGAAGGUAGUAACUGAAACAUUCAUGAAAACUCUUUUGCUGCG